UUGUUUUAAUUUUUUUACAGGGGAUGAAAGAACAGAAACUUGAAGCUAAAAAGAAGCGUGAUGAAGAGAUAGAGGCAGAAAGACAAAUUCUUGAUGUGGAAGAAGCAAUACACAAGCAAGGCGAAAGAAAAAAGGCCAUUGAACAUGCAAAGCAGUACCAAUUUUACCAGACCGAAAGAGUGAAAAGUUUUCAUUCAGGACUUCUUCUUAGUAGAGUUAUGAAAGAACGUGAUGCACAGAUUGAAUUCCAGAAAAGUAAGAUAAAAUCAGAUAAAAAAUGGGAAGAACAAUUGAAACUCAACAUUGAAAAAGCUUUUAAAGAAGAACAAGAAAAAGCAGAAAAACGAUGCAGAGAAAGAGUGGCUCUUGCCAAAGAUCAUCUAAAACAAAUAAAGGAACAUGAAGAAGAAAUAGAAAGGAAGAAAAAACAUGAAGUAAAAGAUGCUGAGGAAAUAAAACGACAGAAUUUAUUAUAUGAAAUAGAAAUGAGAAAAAAAUUGGAAAAGAAAAAAGAAGAGAUACAUGAAAGCAGGAGGCUGUUUUUUGAACAUAUGCAUGAUAAACAUACAAUCAAAGCUGUAGAACAGCAGCAGCAAGAGGAGGAAGAUGAAAAGAUUAGAAAAUUUAUCAAAGCAAAAAAGCGUCUUAUACAAAUGGGGAAAGAAAAAGAAGCUGAAACACACAGGCUAAUGGAGGAACGAAGAGAAAGAAUAAAUAACUUCCUGAGUGAACUAAUGAAAGAGAAACUUGACAAUGAAGAUUUGAUUAUUGCUAGAGAUAUUGCAGAAGCUGAGGCUGAAUGGGAAAAAAGAGAAAAAGAAAAAAAUGAAAAAAACAAAACAGAAUUAAAAGCAAUUGCAGAAUAUAGAUCCAUUGUGAUGAAAAAUAAAGAGGAAGAAGAAAGACAAAGACAAGUAGAGGGUAAAGAACAAUUGCUGGCUGUCAUGAAAGCAGAUCAGAUUUUCUGGGAACAUGAAAAGGAGAAAAAACGCAAAGCUGAUAAAGAACGCCGAGAAGUUCAAGAUGCCCAUAUUCAGCAAAUGGCCAAAAAUAAGUUUAACGCGAAGCAAGCAAAACAAGCAGAAUUAGAUUAUUGCAGACUUACUGAGGCUCUUGUGGCUGAAAAGGAGAAAGAAUUUCGAGAUUAUGCCAGAGAAGUAAUUGAACUUGAAACUGAAACAAAUAAACACAUUUAUCCUCUGGUAAAAGCUGUACAUGAAGGACCUGGAGGUGGUCGUGGACCAGUGUUUGUGGACAGAGGUGGAUUAAGACCCAGCUAUCAGUCAAAUGAUGCCACUGGAGUUCAGCUCCCUUUUUAUAGCACUCAGGGAUCAAAAUAUAAUAAUUUUCAAAAGUCUAAGAGAAGGCUAGGUUUUACAUGGUAGAAACAAUAUUUUUAAUUUUAAGAUUGAGAAAAUGAAGUGGCAAAUAUGAGCUACAGAUGUAAAUGAAUUAUAUACUUAUAUGAUUUCUGUUAAUAAAGCUAUUCUUCAUCUAAGUACAAUUAAGUCUGAUUUAUUGAUCAGAAUAUUUCCAUUGGGUAUACAUAAAGCCCCAAGGUUAAUUGACUGAGAUUUCCUUUUGUUUAUUGUGUAAAAUAUAUACACAAUGUAAAAAUUUUAAAAUGUACAUCCAGUGGCAUUAAGUACAUUCACAAUAUUAUGCAGCCAUGACCAUUAUCUAGUUCCAGAAUUUUUUGGUGCCCCAAAUGCAAACACUGUAUCCAGUAAGUGGUCACUUCCCAUUCCCCUCACCCACAGUCCCUGGUAAUCACUAAUCUGCUUUGUCUUUAUGGGUUUGCAUAUACUGGGUAUUCAUUUAAGCGGAAUCAUACUGUG